AUGGGAGAGGGUCACCCUAAGGCAGAAGGUGCAGGUGAAGUGUUGAGUGAGGCUGAACUAGAGAAGAUCGGACUGAAAAACCAGGCUUCACGAGUGUCACUUUCCACCAAGAUCAGGAACGUAAGAUGCUCAGGAUCAGCUGGAAAGGACUUGCUACUUAGGUUCCUGCCUAUCCUUAGCUGGUUGCCACGCUACCCAGUAAAGGAGUGGCUACUGAGGGACAUCAUCUCAGGAUUCAGUGUGGCAAUUAUGCAUCUUCCACAGGGUUUGGCAUAUGCACUCCUAGCAGGAGUGCCACCAGUCCAUGGUUUGUAUUCGUCCUUCUAUCCACCUCUGCUGUAUUUCUUAUUUGGGACAUCCAGACACAUAUCUGUUGGUCCAUUUGCUGUCAUUUCUGUGAUGUUAGGAAGUAUGGCAGAUUCACUAGAACCAAAUGGAAAAUACCUGGAAGUGAUCAUUGGCACUAAUAAAACAUUUGUCAAUGAGGCCCGCAGGGAUGCAGCACGAGGAGAGCUGGUAGCUUCAGUCACCUUCUUAGUGGGUGUAUUCCAGGUUGCCCUUGGCCUGCUGCAGUUUGGGUUUGUGGCCACCUACCUUUCAGAGCCCUUGGUGCAGGGCUAUACCACGGCUGCUGCUAUCCAUGUGCUGAUUUCCCAGCUAAAAUACGUCUUUGGAAUCAGCCUGGAAGAGAAAUCUGGGCCAUUGUCACUGAUCUUUACCUUUGUGAAUAUUUGCUCAAAAUUGCCUGGAACCCACACUGGUGCUGUGGUCACUUCCUUGAUCUCCAUGGUUGCCCUUUGGCUCAUCAAGAUGCUCAAUGACAAAUUUGGCAAGAAGCUUCCGACACUGAUCCCCAUUGAACUCCUCACGAUUAUUGUCUCCACAGGAAUCUGCUAUGGUGCCAGCCUGAACAAAAAAUUUGGGAUUAGUGUCGUGGGUGAUAUUCCCAAGGGAUUGAGAUCUCCUGAAGCCCCCAAUGGAAGCUAUUUUGGGCAGACGAUAGGGAAUGCUUUUGCCAUUGCUAUUGUUAGCUAUGUCCUUUGCAUCUCCCUUGGGAAAAUGUUUGCACUCAAGCAUGGUUAUAGUGUGGACAGCAGUCAGGAACUGAUAGCCCUGGGGCUCAGUAACAUCGCUGGUGGCUUUUUCCAUUGCUACAGCAUCAGCUGCUCCCUAUCCCGCUCCCUAGUACAAGAAAGCACAGGAGGACAAAGCCAGGUGGCUACAGUCGUCUCCUCUCUCAUCAUCCUAGCAAUCAUUUUGAAGAUUGGAGAGCUUUUCCGAGAAUUACCCAAAGCUGUCUUAGCUGCCAUUGUUAUUGUCAACUUGAAAGGCAUGUUCAAACAGUUUGAAUAUAUUCCUGCACUUUGGAGAUCUAAUUUUAUCGACCUGCUUAUCUGGCUUGUAACUUUUGUCGCCACGCUACUCUUGAAUCUUGACUUGGGACUGGCAGCAGCCGUGACAUUUUCACUCUUCACUGUCAUCUUCCGGACUCAGAUGCCUCAUUAUUCAAUUCUGGGACAAGUAUCCACCACAGGAAUUUACAAAGACAUUGCUGAGUAUCAUAAAGCUAAGGAAAUACCAGGUGUGAAAAUUUUCCACUCUUCUGCUACUAUCUAUUUUGCUAAUGCUGAACUGUAUGCAGAGGCCCUUAAGAAAAAGUGUGGCAUUGAUGUGAACCGCCUCAUUGAAAAGAAGAAGAAGGCUCUAAAGAAGAAGCAAAAGAAAGACAAGAAAGAAGCCAAGAAAAACAAGAAAAUUGCUCAAGAAUCUGGAGAAAACAACCCUGGAUUUGUGGAUGUAGAGAUGGAUGCAAAGUCACAGGAACCAGAGGAAGGCAUAGCAGUUACUGAGACCAAUGGCACUGUGAAGGCUUGGGAACCCCCAUAUCACAUCCAGCCACAGUCUUGUGGCAAAGCCAGUUUAAAUGCUCUGGGACUGGAAAAGCCUUGUAUCCAUUCAUUCAUUCUGGACUUCACUUCUGUCACCUUUGUGGACACCGUCUCUAUAAAGACCUUAAAAAAUAUAUUUAAAGAUUUCCAGGAGAUUGAAGUGGAUGUGUUUCUUGCUGGUUGCCAUGGCUCUGUCAUUACCCAGCUGGAAAGAGGCAAUUUUUUCAGUGAAACAAUCACCAAGAACCACCUUUUUGCAUCAGUGCAUGAUGCAAUUACCUAUAUCACCAGGAACCGAGAACAGAGCAUGCAACAAAUUGACAGUGUUGAUGACAACACUAACAUGUAACCCAGGGAGCAGAAAACAGGCUUACAUCUUCCAAAUGACUUACUACACUGUGUUGGUUAAUGAGGUAUGAUUCACCACUAUUAUGAAUCCAGAGAAGACGUGAACCAUUACCAAGUGUAAAUGCUUAGAAACUGGAAGCUGAAAAUGCCUUUUCCUUGAGAGUCAAGUUUGGAGAAACUGAGACCUGACUGUGGCCAAGGAGCUUUUGUUCUGCAUCUCUGAGUCACUGAUUCUUCUUGUUCUCCUGGGAACUUAUUUCAUGCAUUAGGAAAGAAUUCCUCUCAGGCACUGGAACUUGUUGCUAUGCCAGCUCUUGGGAUAAGGAUUUUCCAUUCAAGCCUGUGACUGGAUUUGGUGAGGAAUUUGGUCAUUUACAGCAUGGUUUUGCCUUUGUGCUAGUCCUGAUCAACCAGGAAAGGCAGAACAUGUCUCUUCUAGAAGCAUCUAGUCCCCAUGUUUGUUCCUUCCUUCUUGGACUGGAAUUUUAAUACCAGGUCUUAGAAAGUAAGUUUUUCAUGCCUUGAAUUUCUCUGGUCAUGCCUGGAUAUUCAUGCCUGAAUAGAGGAAGGGGCUUUAGCCCACAUGCUUUGCAUGAAGUAUUCCUAAUGUUUCCAAUGAGAAGCAUCAAAUAGCAGACAGUUAGAAAGCUGAAGACCUGUGCUUAAGGCCCUGGAGAGUCAGCAUGAGUCACAGUUA